CACCCUUCCACUUGUUUAGUCUCUUACUGUUACAACGUCUUUAUAAUGGUUGUAACUCGCAGUCAGACCAAACACCUACGUGAACCAGAUCCCGCUUCAACCAUCGAAGACAAUGGGCAGCGAGCAGCCGUUCCAAAAAAGCGGGCCCCGAAGGAUCGAACUUGCGUGCGUAAUUCUCGAAAGAGAGUAAAGAAGGCUGAUUAUAUCUAUGAAAAAGACCAUCCGGGCCGUCUUCCGGCCGAAGUGUGGCACAUCAUUCUUGGGCACUUUAAGCCAUCCGAAAUCUUGCGGAUGGCUUCCACAUGUCGCGCGAUGUAUCUCGUCAUUCGCAACAUGCCCUUGUGGCAGAACAUUGCCGCCACCGCCAAACUCGGCACCCCAAAGACAAAGUAUAAGAAUCACUAUGAGUUGGUGGUGGCCAACCAGUUUCAAAUUUGCGAUGAAUGUCACUGCAAGGGCCGCCCUCGUGGCACAGGGGGUUCGGUAGCGGUCUUAACGAUCGCAUCAUCGGAAGGUCCACUGCGUUUGUGUCUGCGGUGUCGGCGUCACUAUUACUCUUACCAUCCUGAAUUAAUUGCUCAAGAGAUCAGACAACUGAAGGACACAUAUGAAAUCAAGAGCGACCGAACUGAGCCCCAUGACUCUGAUCCCACAACAGCUGGUUCGUCUGGAUCGUCUGGAUCGUCUGGAUCAGCCAAUGAUAAUGAACAGGCAAACCAAACCGUGGCCUCGACAAAUGACUCUACCACGACUGUCGGAUCCGUCAAUACCAGCGGACUAGGAAACACAAUCUCGCCUUCCACGACAGAUUUACCAACAGCGGCUGGAUCAACGAACGAUAAGGCACACGUCGAACAAGCCAUGUCUUCCACCACCGAUACUUUGGCGACCACUUCAUCAGCUAGUGGCAAUGCACAAGUAAACCCAGCCAUAUCUUCUACGAACUGUUCUCCAUCAAUGGCUGCAUCGGCUAAUGACAAUAACACUACUUCUGCCUAUGUCGCUUCUUCUUCUACCGCCGCCGUCGCCUCUACGUCUGCCUCUCCCCCUUCUUCUACCUCCGCCGUCACCUCUACGUCUGCCUCUGCUCCUUCUUCUACCUCCGCUGUCGUCUCUACGUCUGCCUCUGCCGCUUCUUCUUCCACCUCUGCCGACGUCUCUGCCUCUGCUUCUACCACUGCCACUAACUCCAGCGUCGUCAAAUCUCUUCAUCUGUCUAUUGUUGAUCAUCUUCGCUACGACAGCAAACGUAUCACCAAGUCCACUGCCACAUCUGUUUACCGUUUGCGCGAGAUAGACUUGAGAGGUCUCCAUUUCGAUGCCGUCCGAAAUCCUCACUAUCGCGGAGCUGCGCCCAUGUGUCUGUAUGAAGCUUACGAUGUCAUCAUACGUGCUCUGGAAAUUCAUGGAGGCUUAGUGGGUCUCAGUGCGGCUGCGGAAAGUUCAUCUCGCCGAAGUGAAAAGAUUCGGGAGACCAGAAAGAAACGCGGAACCAAAAACCGUAAAAGUUACUUCUAUCGUGAUUAUGAUGACGACAGCGACUUUGAUGAUUACUAUCAUCGCUAUGACUAUUAUCAUCGCUAUUGGUAACUUUUGCAGUCCAGAGAAAUGGAGUAUCUCGAGUAUGAAGCUGAACAUUAUGGACUUUGAUUGAUAAUAUUGCAUUCGCUCUUUUUAACUUUUUUCUUGCCAUAGUCCCUUUUCUUUUGCUUUUCUCUUGCGUCAUUUGCAGUUACCCAGCCAUAAAUCUAUGUAUAUCAAGCACAUCCGAAAUAAACCUUUCUCAUGCAUGGCUUAUAUUCUAUA